AACCUGCUGUCUCAGUAAAGGAACUGGAGUGCAUCAAAGGUCCCGUAUUUCUCGAGAAGUUAUUAAUUUAGACCCAAAAUUCUAGUGGUGACCAAUUGUGGAAGAAUUUCCGAAUAUGUCUGCCGCGUCCUGUGACCUUAAUAGCCCGGUGGGCGCGGAAAAUCGGCUUAAACUGUCCUAGCUGACCACCAAUUCAAAAUGGCGGAGCGCAAAGAAGUAAACUUUUUGGCAGUGGCUGCUCCGUCCGACAUGGACGUGAUGGACGAGAAGACGGCCGGACUGGAGCGGCCGUUCCCGGCGGUCAGCCCGGGCGGCCAGAUUUCGGGGGGUCAUGAGCCAAAGGUGGUCAAGGUGGAGCCCAAGCACGAAGUUAUGAAGAGGGAGACAAUCAAGUUGUCUGCUGCUUGCCAUACCCUGGACAGUGUGCCAACCUCAAACCCAGUUGGGACAAUGAGGGUGUUUCUAUCAUCAACAAGCAGCUUGUCUUCGGUGUCAUCUAGAGACUAUGACGGACUAAAGCAGCAAUGCGAAAAGGCAUUGCACGAGCUGCAGACGCUGAAGCGCCAGAACGUCGAAACCGGUCGGCGCUUCGAGCACACGGCAAAGGAGCUCGAUUUGUACCGGAGCGAGCACCGAACCGCUGUCGCCCAGCUGGAGGCCGUCAACCAGGAGUCCAACAACCUGAGGAGCAAGUGCGCAGAACUGCUGAACGAUAAGCAGCGGGCAGAGAGGGAACUGCAGAACAUGCAAAUGAUCCUUGAUGAACAUCGCAAGGAGACGGUUGAGAUGCGCAGGGCACAGCAAGAGGCCUUGGGCAAGGAUAGCGGGGUCAACGACUCAAUGAAUCAGCACUACAUGAACACAUUGAGAAAGUGUGACAAGUUUAAGGAAGAUUAUGAGUCUCUACGCAAGAGGUAUGAGGAACUCAAAGGCAACCACUCGAUUACUGUUAGUAAAAUGGAAGCUGUGCAGGAGGAAGCCAGCCGAUACAAGUCUCAGUGUGAAGACAUUGCUGAAGAACUGAGUAGUGUGGUAAGAGAGAGGCAUGGACUGAAGCAGCAGUGCACCGCCGCUAUCAGGCAGUGGGACAUUGCGCUACAAGAGCGUAAUGAAUACAGGGAUGCUCUUGGAAAGAAUAAUUUAAAGGUUCAGCAACAGCACGAAGAGGCUGUUAAAGAAAUAAAUUCGGCGAUGGCGUUGCGCAUGAAAGCGACCAAAGAACUGAAACGAUUGGCUGACGAGCGCAACGCCGCCAUUCAGGAGUAUGCGCUGAUAAUGGGCGAGCGUGAUAUGGUGCACAAGGAGAUUGAAAAGCUCAACGACGACCUUUCAGAGGCCACUAAGAAGAUAAAAGCGCUAGAGGCUGGAAACAAAGAGUUUGGCGACGAGAAAAAAACGCUCUCCUACCAGAUCGAGACGCUGAAAAUCGAAAUAUCGUCAGCGCUUCAAGACCGGGACAAAGCGUUAAAGGAGUGCAAUGACCUCCGGGAAAAGUUUGGUGGCUACACAUCCAAAGAGGAGUCGAACCAAGAGAGUCUCAAAAGCAGACUGGAAUAUGACAUCUACAACAGAGAAAGUACGAGAAAAGAGAAUAACGAGGGAGCAAGCAGCUCUCGGGAUUUGUACAGCAAGGCCCAAAGGGAACGGAUGGACAAUCUUGACCAGGCCAACCAAGAGAUUGAUAGACUGCGUAAACAAGUGGACAAACUCCAAGCCGAAUUGCAAGUCAUGUGGACUAUAUAUCCUAUCAAAAAAGAGGCUAUCCAAGAAGCUGAAGUCUCCAAGCGUCGGCGCGACUGGUCGUUCAGCGAGCGUGACAAAAUCGUGCUUGAGCGCGAAAGCAUCCGCACCUUGUGUGACAGGCUGCGAAAAGAACGCGACCGUGCGGUUUCAGAUUUGGCAGAGGCGCUACGCGACUCCGACGACAUCAAGAAACAGCGUAACGAAGCCUCUAAAGAGCUUAAAGAGCUCAAGGAGAAGAUGGAAGUGCAACUGGAGAAGGAGGCACGCCUCAAGCAGCUGCAUGCCGUGGGACACAACCACAGCAGAGACUCGGCCAUUGACGCGGAUAUGCAGGAGUGGGAGACAGAGAGUUUUGAUAUAGACCUGAGUGGUCUAGCUACAGAGGACGACCUCGGCUUUGAUUUGACUGGCGGCCGUGACGACCCCCAGUACCCCAACGACAGCGCAAUCUACAUAUCUUCUGUAGUAAAGGGCAGCGUGGCUGAUGGAAAACUCAAAGCCAAUGACUGCAUGAUGAGAGUAAAUAAUUUAGACUGCACCUCUGUGAACAAGCACAUGGUCCUAGAAGCCAUGAGGACUGGCGGAAAUGUGGCUCAUAUCGUUGUUAGGAGGCGGAGAGGUAGCGCAAGGUGUCUCUACACCACACAGUUGCAGCUAAGCUCAAACAGAGACCACGGGCUCACUCUGGAGACUGGAAUUUACAUAAGUAAAAUUAAUCCAGGCUCCCUUGCUGCAAAAGAAGGCAACCUGGCUGUUGGCGACCGAGUCCUAAGUAUCAAUAGCAAAACAAUGGAUGGCGUCAAAAGUGUAUCUGAGGCUAUGAUGAUUCUCGCGGAGCCUGCUGACGUGUUGACCAUCACCACGCUGAAGGGCAUGCACUCUCCAAGUGCCCCCUUGAGCUCAAGCUCCAGCGGUCACAUCACUAACGAGGACAGUGCCUCCUACACGGCUAGCCCAGGAUCAAAUCGAGAGGUUGGCAGGCAUAGAAUGGUCAACAGUUGCUCUCAGACUGAGGAAGUAGAGAUCAGAAGGUACUUGACUGGCCAUACCACUAUGGAAGAGUCUCUGUCUGACCAGGCCAAGAAUAUUAGCAGUGCGUUUGGUGAGAGAGCAGUGUAUAAGGUGAGCGACAAGCCAGCUAGUUCGCUGAAUGGGAAAGCUUGGGAUAUGCUGGACAUGGUGGGAAAGCUGGUUGGCGUUGGCGCACGCAGAAACAGCAAGGAACGAAACGAGAAGAAACGGCUUAGCCAUGUGCCUGCCAGCUAUGAACGGGACAAGGAAGAUGCUCUCGCUGAGCUGGACCAGGUUAUAGACAGUGAACUGGACAAUGACCCAUAUCGAGGAGGCAAAACUGCUGUUGUCAAGAGGAGCAAGAGGAGGGAAAAGGAACUGGAGAAGAACAGAGGCACAUGGCCAAAGUGUCGCAAUGGGCCUGUCAUUGAGUCUGGCACUGGCACUAUCCUCCACCCUAGGAAGGUUAAGGGUCGCCUCCCGCUCUCUGUCUUGCUCAACAACCCUCCUAAGUACCCACCAGAUAACUACAAGGAGAACAACAAGCCAUCAACCAACGCUGAUGCGAACAAGCCUUUAAGCAACAAUCUACGAGAGCUGCCGUGCACAACUUUUACGAGUCUGGACAACUCAAUGAUGCAAUACAGCAAGUCGGGACAACUACUGGCCACCCAAAAGUCAUUCCUGCCUGCGCCGCAGCCUUUGAACUCUGAGCUCAAGUCAAGCAGCGAGCUUGAUCGCAACGAUCGCCUUAGCGCACUCACUCCGUCAGACACGUCCAUUGAUUUCUCAGUCAAGUCAGGCAUUGUUGACCAAGGAGUUCUGGAGUAUUAUGUUCAGAAAAAAAUGAGCAACAAGCAUUCGCAGAGUGAUACAGAGUCCAACCGCGGCCAUGUGGAUAGUCUACCAGCUUACCUGAAGGCCGCAAACACAGUGGAGCGAGUGUCGCCUCACAGCCGCAUUCAUUCACAUGGCUCCCCGACUGCGGUCCACGCGUCAUUGGUUCGGCCACCAUUUUCGCUGCCGCAGUUUGCCGCUCUACACGUUGGCCACCCUCACCCCCAUCCACACCCCACCAACACAAACCACACAUCAAGGUAUUACACCCCAAACCACAUGCAGUCCUCGCAGAGCGGCGAGUCGAUGUUGUCGGGGGACACCCGUCAAUACUGCUUUGAGCCUCCUUACAGCCCCUCGCCACAGCCCUUCAACCACUCGCACUCGCCCUCAGUCGAGUACAUCAAGCCGAGGCCCAUCAUGUCUGGCCACCCACACUCAAGCUACCGUGGUGCAGAUGAAAUACUCAAUCCUGGCUAUUGCUAUGAAGGUGGAACCUUUCCAAGAAAAAAGGAGAACCAGCGAAUUCGAAUCCCUUCCAACCAAAGUGUAACAAGUAAGAGCAGUGCUGGGAAACUUUCCACGGGAAGUAUUGAGAGGGCUGUGUCCGAGAGGGGCUCACCUAUGCCCUCCAUCACCGUAGAAGUGAUGACACACGGUGGCGAGUACGUCUCUAUACCCGAGUGCAACUGGUCUGCCCCUUAUGCUCCCGGAACAGUCCGAAAGAUGUGCAUUGACAAGCCCAUGGAGCCUUUGCAACUUGGAAUCCAGAUUUGCUGUCCCAAGAGUGGUGGCGUCUUUGUAUCAACAGUUAAUGAUCACAGUCUGGCCUCCAGGGUUGGCCUUCAGGUCGGUGACCAACUACUCGAAGUUUGUGGCAUCAACAUGAGGAGCGCAAUCUAUGAACUUGCUGCCAACGUUUUACGACAGUGCGGUACUCCACUCACUAUUUUGGUUCAGUACAGCCCAGAAAAGUACCACCGUUUGGAAGAGGGCAACAGCUCUAGCAGUGAAUGCGAAGAGCCAUCACGAUCUGGCUCGCCAACCCCGUGCAAUUCUCCCAAACCAAAGCACAAACCCUCUCCAGAGAUGCGAGGAGCGCCAAUGCUCCUUCCUCCCUCUGCCCACGGAACCUUGACCAGGCACCAAGUCAGUCAGGCCAUGUCCACCCUUACCAGGCAGAAUAUUCCCAAGAGUCAGCAUGAACCGCGCUUUGUCUUCCUUGAGACCAAAAAGUCAAGCAAUCUAGGCAUCAGCCUGGUUGGUGGCAACGCGGUGGGCAUCUUUAUCCACAGCGUACUUCCCAACAGCCCUGCGCACCAGGCUGGCCUCAGGAUGGGUGACCAGAUCCUUGAAUACAACGGCUCAGAUCUUCGCAACGCCACUGCUGAGGAGGCUGCUUUUGAGUUGGCUAAACCUGCUGACAAGGUCACCGUUUAUACGCAGUACAACUUGAAUCGUUAUAAUGAGGUCAAAGACCAGGCUUGUGACAGUUUCUACAUCCGAGCAAUGUUUGACCGUUGCUCGGACACUACAGACCCAUAUCUGCGCUUCAGGAAGGAUGAUAUCCUCUAUGUUGACAACACCAUGUUUAACGGUACGCCUGGUCAAUGGAGAGCGUGGAUGGUGGAUGAAGAUGGUCGCCAACAUACUUGCGGCAUCAUACCCAGCAAAUUUAAAGUUGAAGAAGAACUGUUGUUGCGACGGAGUUUGGGUGAUUUGGAAGGAGGUGACGCGCGGAGAGGAUCUACAACUGCUAGAAGGAGCUUUUUCAGACGGAAGAAGCACCAGCGGUCCUCUUCAAGAGACUCAAAGGAAUUGGCUAGCUUCUCUAACAGCAGUGCUGGUUGGUACAGUGACUCGGGCACGCUCAAUGAAGAGCAGCCGCUCAGCUCGUACCGUCGAGUGGAGCGCAUUGACUAUCCAGUUAUUCGACCUGUAUUGAUUGUCGGACCGCUAGCUGAAUUCGUUGUGGAAAAAUUGGUGCAAGAUUUUCCAGACAAGUUCUACCGAUGCACACCAGAGAUGAUGUACAGCUCGCAGGUGAUGAUGGAGAAGAACUUAAAUGAAGGCAUGUUCUGUGAGUACCGACGCAAGGGCAGCCAAUUUGAAUGCACCACUGUCGCUGCUGUAAAGGAAAUCUGUGAUAAGAAUAUCCAUUGUGUGCUGGAUGUUUCGCUUGAUGCCAUCCCACGCCUGCACCGGCUGCAGAUCUAUCCGAUUGUUCUGCUCAUUCGAUUCAAAUCAGCAAAGCAAAUCAGAGAGGUCAAAGACAGUCGCAUGAUGGAAAAAGUGUCUGCCAAGGCUGCCAAAGAGAUGUAUGAACACGCCGAUAAACUGGAAACUGACUGCAGCCAACUCAUCUCAGCUACUAUCCCUGGUGGGGUGAACGUGGCCUACAUGUGCACGCAAGCUAAGGCGGCCGUGGAAACUGAGCAGAACAAGAUGCUGUGGGUUCCAAGGGGUACCAUCUGACAGUUGGCUUCGCUGCCACGUGGAGCGGCCACCCGGCGCCUAGUCACUUUGGCCCAGGCCAGCCUCAGGUGGCGCUCUCUCUGAAUUCGCCGGGCAGCCAGCAACUCAAAUCCCUCAGAUUCGAGCUCAUUAACUCUAUUUCUCUCUAAACACACCAUUAAAAAUGAGAAAAAUGUCAGCGCUAUGCUUGAGCCUGACCCUCUAAACGAAUUGUAGACUUCGUCGCCCGCGUUCUAUGUGAUCCGCCAAAAUUUGAAAUUAUUAAGGCCUCUUUUGUCUGGAGCGGACGAGACCCAGUUGUUGCCCCUCUUAACCAAUAAUUAGAUGAGCUUCCAUUGAAUCCAUUCAGUUUUGUGGGCUUGCAAGGAACAGAUCCCUGCCUCGCCCUUUCCACUGUGGAAACAUUGAUUGAAAAUAUCUUAGAUAGCGGCUGCAUGCCCUCUCACGAAAUAUGAAAAAAAAAUGAUUGUGAUAGAAGUUGCUCCAGUGUAUUAGCCAAAUUCUUCUCAAAAUUGUGGCGGCUAGGCUCAAUUGGAAGUCGCCUCUUGCCUCUUUUAACCCUUCUAACCCCGUCCCCUUGUGCUUUGCGCAAACCGCCGAAGUUGGCCUGGUAUUUUUGUGGCAUUUUACUCUUAUUCGAGGCAGAGCAGCGAAUUCAACUUCUUAAAGCAGCUAUGUGUUGUUGAAAACAAGUUAUUGCAAAAGCAGUUUGAUCAAGUAUUUGGACAGCUGUCUGCUGUUGAUGCUCAUAGAGAAAAGUUUAAAAUUUUUGACAGCUCUUGAUAUUCUCCAACGAAUUUACAGAAUAUACAAGACCCUUUAAAAUUUCAACCGUACGUAUUUAUCCAUGGAUAUAAUAGCUUUAACUAUGUCUUAGAAACAAUUACAUUGAUUGAAAGCAAUAGGCCCAAUGUAAAAGUAAUGUCUCGGGUCCCAAAUUUUUACAAGCACGUUAUGCUGCUGCAGAAUUUAAAGCACCGAGUUUCUCCGGGUUGACACACUUGGAAAGCGUUUUUUUUUCUCUGAGAGUCAAUAAACAAGAAAGAUUGUAAAGCAUUCUGCAGCUUUUUGGAUGAAGGCCUACCUACCAUAAAGUAUUUCGCCCGGAUUAAAACUAACUUGUGAAUUGCUCCAAAGGGCAUUUUUAUGUUGAAAUCUGCUCGUGCAUUUAACCGAUUUUCCUUGACUAAUCAGCUCUUUUGUAUUUAUUAAUCGACACUUUUACCUUUUGCUCUGUGAUUAUCGGUUGCUUGAGUGCACAAUAAUUCAGUUUAUACGCGCACUUUCGGUUUUUUACUGUAUCUUUUGUAUACUCUGACCCAUCAAAAGUUGAAAAGUGUAUUAUACCAAGUUACACAGUUAUUAUGGUUAUAUUAUGUAUACUCCUUAUGUAUCUAUACAUGUAUGCAAGUAUAUAGAUUGUUUCGAUGAAUAGCUUUUCAUCAGUGCAGGCAGGCGCAUGAAGUUUUGCAAAGCAGAUCCUAGACCGACAGAAUUUCACCCUGUGGAUUUGUUGAUCAUGUAUUAAACCAAUAAAAGACUGUGGGUUGUAAUCUUAAAAAAAAAA